GGGAUAUCUGCCAGAUGAGCAAAAUGAUGUUGAAUGUAAAGGUAUGCAUAUAAUCGGUCCUUAUUAAAUUUUAUAAAACUUUAUAGAUGAGUUAGACCUUUUUUUUAAAAAAAAAAGCUGAACAAAUAAAUUUUAUUUUAAAAGUAGGUUCUAUAAAUGAACUGACUUGUUCAAAUUUUUAGGCCCUCAAAACUGAUACUCAAGCUAUAAAUUAAUUUUCCUAACACCUCAAAUAUGAUUCUAUACACACACAAAAAUUAGACACAGAGGCUCAUAUAUCAAUAAUAAAUUUAUUGAUUGUGCUAAAUAGAUAAAUAAUCUGAAAUAAAAAAAUACAUAUUUUCUCUUAAAAUUACCUAUUUGAUGUUAGAAAUAAUUUUUUUAAAUGACUUAUCUUCACAGAUAUUGAUGAAUGUAAACUUGAUAGCAUGCCAUGCAGCCAGGGUUGUAACAAUACUGAAGGAUCCUUCAAUUGUUACUGUUACCCUGGUUACAUGAUCGAGUCCGACAGAGUUUCUUGUAAAGGUAUCUAUUGCUUUACAUUAAUAUCUCCUUAAUUAUUUUAAUUUGAUGUAAAAUUAAUGUGCAACUUUAGGCCUUCUGGUGUUAUUGGGGAGGAAAGUGUAAUUUUUUAUGAAUUCUGACAUUUUUAAUGAGUUAUUUUACAGAUUGACUAAAAAUUGACUCAUCACAAGCCUAGUUAGUAACGAUUUAUGUUUGGUUAGGUUAAGCAGUUAAGAUUAUAGUUAAUAUCAUUUUGCAUUUCAGCUUGCGAAAUUCCCUUUUAUGGAGAUAACUGCAAACAAACCUGUGACUGUAAUGGCAGAGGAUCAUGUAACACAGUGAAAGGAUGUGUUUGUGAUGUCAACUGGACAGGGGUCAACUGUGACAUAGAUGUUGAUGAAUGUGCCUUAACAGAUGCCUGUCCUGAAGGGCAACUUUGUGAGAACACAAAUGGAUCAUUUACUUGUUCUUGUCCAAUAGGCUAUAACAUGGAAGGAGGUGUCUGCAAAGGUGUGUAGCUUUAAUAGCAAUUUAUUUUAUAAUUAAAUGAAAGAUUGAUUUAUUUUAACAGUGAAAAUUAAAAAGAAUUAGGUAAUUUAAGAAGUUUUUCAAUUUUGUGAAAAAAGCAAGAAUAUAUAAUUAUUAUUUUAUAUAUUUUAUUCAAUCCAAUAAUUUCUUUACUCAACUUUUUUUAAAAGUUCAAACUACUAAAUUUACAUUAUUUAUAUAUAUAAAUGAUACAAUCAAAGUAUCCAUAUUAAACAAUGUGGAAGAAGCAACAAUUUUAACUAAGAACAUAACAACAGGCUUUUUUUAUCCGUAUUGUUUUAAAAAAGUUCAUUGUUGAACAUUAAAUAGUCUUUAAUUUUGAAACUGCAUGUUUGCAUAAUAUCUAAAUCUCUCUGUAGAUGUUGAUGAGUGUUUUAGCCUUCUCAUCAAUGAGACAUGUAACUUACAAACAGAAGUUUGUAUCAACACUGUUGGUAGUUACAGGUGUGAGUGUAAACAUGGCUACGCCAGAGAUAACAAAUUUAUGUGUCAAGGUUAGUGUUUGAAUGGAAUAAAACUAAAUUUAUUUAAAAUCAAAUUCCAGUCAGAAGAGGGUCAUAAGUUUUCUAAAUUUUAAUUAUAUUAUUUGGCAAUGCAAAUUAAAUGAAGCUUUGGAAUUAAAAAAAUGAAUACUAGCUUCAACAAUAGAUUAUUAAAGUAAAAGUUACUUAUACAGGAUAAUACAUAAGGGACAGUGUUCAAUCCGUGAGAAGGAAAUAAUGGAACAAGAUAAGUUUAGGUUUCAAACGAAAAGACAGGUCUAUUAAAUGGAUGUUUUGGCUAGAUGCCUUUUUCAGCAGACAAUAUCAGAAAAGUAAAAAUAUAAAAUUAGAAAACAUAAAAAUCUUAUCUGAUAGAGGUAGCUCUAUUUUUUUUAACUCAAUUAUAAAGAUAUUCAAAUGUAAUACAUUAAAAAUUAUUUGAUGAAAAAAAAAAUAAUAUGUAAACAUUAGGGUACAUGGUGAUUAAAAUAUUUUGUAUAUGAAGACAAAUUUAAUUCAUUUGCUUUAUAUUUUAGGAUUAUUAAUAUUAAAAAACUUUUCUAAAGAUAUGGUUGUCUUUUAACUUUAAAGUUUAUUUCCCAAAAUUUAAUUCAUUAUUGAUACGUUUUUCUAAAAAAAAAACCCACUAAACAUUUUGACAUUAAAAAUUCUAUUUUCAGACAAUCACCAAUUGUAUUGGGGAUUGAAAAAUCAUUUAUUAUAGCCUCUUAACUCAUUUUCCAUAACUACAGAUGUUGAUGAAUGCACCCAACAAAUUGACAGUUGUCAACAUUUAUGUCAUAAUGUUGGUGGAGGCUACAACUGUGAAUGUGAGGCUGGCUACCGCCUGGCUGACAACAGACAAAACUGUAUUAAUGGUAAGUCUAAACAUUUUAUGACACAUAUUUUAUCAUUCGCAUGAAAUACUUAGUAAACAUAUUAAUUUAUAAGUAAUGGUUUGAAGAUGGUUACUUUACCACAUUGAAAAUGUCUAGGUUAUAUAAUUCCUUAAAAUAUUCUAUUAUGAUAUAUGUAUCAAAUAUUAUUUUUUCAGAAAGCAAUUAUAAUAUUUAUUUUUUGCAACACAACUGCAAUAAUAUGACAUAAUGUUUUACAGUCCAAGACCUUUGUAAAGCAUCCAACAUGAAUUGUACAAAUGGAUGUACUUUGGAUGAUGAGGAUAAACCAUUCUGUAUUUGUCCACGUGGAUAUAACAGCUUAGUUGAAAAUGGAUAUGUAACCUGUGUGGGUAAGUACAUUUUUACUGCUUUAUUCAAAAUUAUAUAAUAUAAACUCAAUAAAAGCAAUUGCAGAUUCCUGAUGGUGCUUUAGUUUUAAAGAAUCCAAAGUAAAAAAAAUUUGAAAUUUUAUACAGUUAAAUUUUGAAAGAAGUUCAUCAUCAUCAUCAUGUCCCUUAGUCCUUGGACCGUUGGGGUGCCACAGAUGACAUGUGAACUAUCCUCAUCCAUUUGUCUCUGUCUUCUGCACUGCACAGAGCAUCGCCCAGUGUCAGUCCUGUCCACUCUUUGAUGUUAUCCUCCCAUCUUUUUCUUUGUCUUCCUCUUCUUCUCCCUCCUCCUGUGGUGCCCUGCAAUAUUUCUUUGGCAAGCCCUUGAUUCCUUGUUACAUGGCCGUACCAUUGUAGUUUGCAUUUUUCACAGUCACCAGUAGGUCAUCGUCCUCCCCAAUUGCCAGACAAACCCUUUCUUUCGCUGUAUCAUUGGAGAUAUGGUCCCUAUAGCAUAUGCCAAAAAUGCUUCUGAAGCAUCUCAUCUCCAUUGCCUUUAUUUUCAUUUCAAGAUCGGCUGUUAAUGUCCAGGAUUCGCAGGCAUACAGAAAAAUGGAAAGUAAUAUAAAGAAAAAAAAUUAAAGAAAAACCUUUUGGAAAAUAUAUUUUUAAAUCAUUUUUUGUUACAAGUUUGUGAUAGCUAUUGUCAAAAAAUGGUGUUUUUCAUUACAAGAUUGCAAUAUUAACAUUUUUUGAAGCGUUUUUUUUUUAUUGAAGGGCAAACCAAAACAAAAAUAAUAUUUACAUUUUGAAAAUGUAGCUUUCUCAAUAAAUAAAUAUUAAAGCAAGAAUUUUUCAGAAAAAUUGAAUAACAAUUUUUGCAGCAUUAUCAAUUUCUGGAGUAGGCCUAUUUGUGGCGGAUAGUCAACUAGGAGUAGGUCCCCUCCGUUUGGCCGCAGAAACAAUUUCAGACUCUAGAACUCUGUUGCUUUCCCCUGGCCCUAAAAGGCUGAUGUGAAGUAAACAAAUUCAAAUUUAAAAAAAUCACGAGAUGGUUUGAUUAAUCAGUAUUCUUUAAUUAUUUAUGUACUGUGUUAAACACACUCCACACCAUAAUGACAGACCAGUAACAAUGGCGUUCACGGCAGAAGAAAGGAAACUCCUGUUCUCCAUACAAAGAUAUACUCAGCUCAACAAUCUAAUAGCUCACUCCUUAAAAAAAAAAGUCCUCCUUGUUGCUCACACUACUUUUCAAUGUGUGUUUUUUUCAACACACGCCACAGUUAUAAGUAAAAGCUCAUACGUCAUUCAUGUCUGAAUACAAUUGUUGGGAUAUAAGUGGAAGUAACUAAAGAAAAAACUAUUGCUCACUCAUACAGCACCAAAAUUAGACACAGUAUGGCAUCACUUGAUCUGACUAUGACACCAUGCUUCAUGCAAAAUCAUAUCAAUCAUAUUUUUGUUUCCUAUUUUAACAGAUAUUAAUGAGUGCGCCUCAGCUGAGAAUAACAGCUGUUCAUACAAACCUGGAUGUAAUAACACAGAUGGUGGCUACAUUUGUUCUUGUCCUGCUGGUUCUAAGCUCGAUAACAAUGGUCGAAAUUGUCUAGGUUAGUAUUAUUUAUGCUUGACUUCUCUGCUCUUUCUUAAACUCGAUUUAUAUUUCUCCCUAAAAAGUUUUGUCUUGUAAAAUAAACAUUAACAAUAAAAGACAAAGUAUAGACAUUUUGAAAUUUUAAUGAUAAUCAUAAUGAAUUAUAACUCUAAUUUUAUUUUUCAAGUUACAAUAGGCAAUAUUUGUUUUAUUUUUCUCUAAGCAUGUUCUGGAGACACAUGGAGUGUUGGAUGUUCCCAUAGCUGUACCUGUGGAAUAGGAGCUGAGAGAUGUGAUCCUGUCAAGGGUUGUGUAUGUAAGUCUGGAUAUACAGGUCAGUUUGAAAAGAUUCUAAUAAUUUUAUUUAGUUUCUUGUUACUAGUUUAUAAUUUGUAUUUGAAUGCUCUAGCCAAUUUAAAAAUUUUUAUCUGGAAACUCAAAAACUACAUUUAACAUUCUUAACAUCAAUCAGGAGAUAACUGCAACAUUGACAUCAAUGAAUGCACUAGUGGAGCUUUGACCUGUAAGGAGAGGGAAGUUUGUAUCAACUUACAUGGGAGUGCCAAAUGUGAAUGUCAGUCUGGUUAUGAGUACGAUGAUUUUGGUCACUGUCUUGGUAGGUUUUUUGCUUUUGUUCCCUUACCUAUUAGAACUAGUAGUUAAAUUAUAAUUACUUUAACUAUUUCAACACAGAAAUAUUUUAAUUCUUAACUUGUCUCUUUCUCAGAUAUCAAUGAGUGCUCUAAAAACAAUGACUGUUCUCAAAUAUGCACAAACACAGAAGGUUCUUAUAGUUGUUCAUGCUACAUUGGUUUUACUUUCAACAGCACUAGCAAUACUUGUCUAGGUAAUGUGUUUUUUUUUUCCAUUUUAACUAUUGAACUAAUAUUAUUUCAAAUUUAUAAUAUUAUUUUUCUCUAAAUUUUUUAUAUAAUUCUUUCAAUUUUUUGUCAAUUUAGUGUGAAAUAUCUUUUUAAAAUACAUUGUUUUGUCUUCUUAUAAAAUAAUUUAAUAAAGUAUAAUGUUUCACUUAUUAAGCUAAUUGCUAUAUAUAUAUAAUUAUAUAUAUAUAUAAAUAUAUAUAUAUAUAUAUAUGAAAAUUUAAAAUAGUUGGUAGGCCUAUUUGUUCCUUGCCAGAAGUGAACCUAUGGAAGUUUACACUUUUCCCUAAUAUGCAAAUGAUCUUUAUUAUUCAUGGCAGUAAUAGUAAUAAUAAUAAUAAUCAAAAAAUAUUAAAAGUUAGCAUAGGUGGUUGCAAUCUUGUUUUAGUGAUUAUAAGGAAAAACAUGCAAUAAUUAUUACAAAUGUAAAAUUGAUAUAAAAUGAAAUUUACAUAAAAGAUAUUUAAAUAGAACUACUCAUCUUAUUAAUGUGUUUUCAUAUUCAUCUAAACUGAAUUUUGUAAGUAUUUUGAAAUUUGAAAAUUUAAAAUUAUAAAAUAUUGACUUUAAAAAAUAUAUUAUUUUCAUUUGCAAAUUAUUUCUUUCUUUCCAUUUUUUAAUAGUCUAAAUACACAAAUUUUGUAAUCCAUCUUUGUUGUUAAUAACUAUGUUUGUUUACAAAGGCAAUUUAAAGUAGUUUCAAAUAAAAAAAAUAAUUUGUGAUGGAACUUUAAAAAAAUAUGCAACUCUUCAAUAAAUAUUUUAAAUAACACAGGGCUGAGGCUUUCAUCUAUUUGGCAAUACAUGUUUGUUUCCAUUGUAAUAUUAGACCACUAAAAUAUUUAUAUCGUUUUCAUUUUAUUUAAUGGAAUAAGUCUAAGUUUGUUUAAACAUUAUUUCAUGAGAAUAAAAUUAAAUAACAAAACAUUAAAUUAGGUAUCAUAUAAGAAACUCUGUGUUUAUCUUGAAGCAGCUCAUAUUCUUGACAUUCAUAAAGAUUAAAUAGUGAUGUAAGACAAAACGAAUAUAUUCAUAACUUAAAAGUCAACCCCUUAUUUAAAACAUGACUUUUUUAUAUUUAUUCUUAACAGACAUGGAUGAAUGCCAAUUAGGGAAACAUCAAUGUGACCAAAUCUGCACUAACACUGAUGGAAGCUAUCGUUGUUCAUGUACAGAUGAACUUGUCCUACAACUGGAUGGCGUUUCAUGUGGAGGUUAUUUUUAUUCUGUUUUACAUAAUGGUCUAAUUUUGGGUGCAAGUUCAAGUUUCACUAAGGAAGCUUAUUUACUUUUGGAGUUUGCCUUGAUUAUUUCCCUUUUGAGUAACUAACCAUUGUUAAUAAAAUGAUAAUAUGACAGGCACCUAAACAGGUUAAGAUUUGUGUAGUACAGAUGUGUAAGAAAGAAAAAUCCACAUUAUUUUAAUAGCUUUUCAUUCCUGAUUCAAUUAAUUCAUAAACUAUUGUUUGGCCUGUGAAUUAAAUAAAUAAUUACUAUUUGGGAUUUUCUAUGGGAAAUAAAAUGAUUUAUUGCUUUACAACAUGAAAUUUAUUACUUUUAUUUUUCCUAAUUUAAGUAAAAAGGAUAACAUAAUUUAAUAUUAUAAUUAUAUAAAUUAUUAUAUCUAUAUUUAUGAUAGUUUUUAUAAAAAGCUUACUUUAUAGUUUGUAUCACUCUUACUAACAUUAGCAUUUCAGACUGCUUAGUUUUCCUGUGUUUCAUUAGGUAGUUUUAUUUACUGUAAAUAUCAUACUCUUGUACUAAAUUUUAGACCUCACAUCUAAAUUUUGUAUUUUUGAAAUUAAAAAUUGAUAGUCUGUUUAAAAUAGCAGUAACGUUAGUACACUCUAAGCAAAAUGACAUAUUAUAUAUGAACAUAGAUUUAUGAAAAAUUGUAUCUAUUUAUUUUUUAGCCUAUUCAAAUAUUUUUUGCCAUUUAAAGUAGGCAUGAAAUUUCUUAAUAUAAUUAUUUAAUUUAUGAAAUCAAAGUCAUGUUUCUAUUUUUUUUCUCAGCUGAAAAUCCAUGUACAUCAAUCUUGUGCUCUGAAAAAUGUGCCAACAUUAAAGGCCUUGACACAUGUUUAUGUGGGAAAGGAAAAACACUAGCAAAGGACAACACUUCAUGUGAUGGUAAAUGGCUUUUAAAAUGUUGGAUUAAGUGGUGGGAAAAGUCAGAUCAAAGAAAAUAAACUGAAUGUUCACUUAAUUAGUUUUACACCAUUUUAUUUUGAUUCUCAUGUGGUACAUUAUGAUAUUUAAACAAAAUGUUGCUAUUUCCUGGAGAUAAAACUUAGUCGCUUAAGCAAUGCUCUAAAUAUAAUUUUAGAAAACUGACAUAAUAUAACUUUUAUAUACAUGUUUAAGUGUUGUACCAUAUUUAAUAAAAAUUCAAUGUAACUGUUAUUGUAGAUACAUUUUUAAAAGAAAAUUACCUUAAAAAUUUUUUAGUGCACUGUAUUAGCUCAUUACUAAAUCUUGCCAUCCGUCAGUAGGCAAGGGGCCUUAAGUGUUACUUUGAAAAUAUUCAAAGAGAAUAAUUUUGUUUGAACAAUUUACAUUUAAAUAUCGCUGCUCACCUAUUUACAAUUUUUAUUAUCUUAGAUAAACAGUUGCUUAGAUGUGAAAAUAAUAUAGAAAAUCACUUUUACAAAAUUACAUGUAGACUUGGAUUUGUGCAAGAUAACCCCAUGUUCUGAAGGAUGCGUUGAAACAAAGGAAAAUAAAACUUAUGAAUGUACUUGCAAUUUUGGUAAAUACUUGGCAAUGGAUGGAAUCACCUGUACAGGUAAAAGAAGAUCACUAAAUCCUUAAUAAUGCAUGAUUUCUUUUCCUUUUUUUUUCAUAUUUAUAAAAAAUGCAAAAAUAAGUUAAUUAUAAUGUUAAAGCCUGCCAAUGGAAAAAAAGCUAUCAAACCCCAAUAUUUUAUUUAGCUUAUAGGAUGUAAUUUAGUUUAAAGAGGUCAAGAUGUUAAAAUGUAUAGAUUAUUUCCAAGUAAAUGUAUUUAUUGUCUUCCUUUACUUAAUGCAAAUAUAUAAUUAAUCACCUAAAUAUAAUUUCAAUAUAGAGUGCAUUCAUGGAAAAUAUGGUAUGAACUGCAACAAAAUUUGCACCUGCCAAAUGUCAAAUACCAAAACUUGUGAUACAGUCAAUGGAUCUUGCAGUUGUCUCCCUGGCUGGAAGGGAGAGAACUGUACAAUUGAUGUCAAUGAAUG